AUGAAAAACUACACAAGACCCACAGAAUUCAUUCUUCUGGGGCUAUCAGAUGAUCCAGAGCUUCAGACUUUUCUCUUCUUAAUCAUCACAUAUAUAUUAAGUGUCACGGGAAAUUUGACCAUCAUCAUUCUCACCUUGGUGGACUCCCAUCUACAGACACCUAUGUAUUUUUUCCUCAGGAAAUUCUCCAUAUUAGAAAUUUCCUUUACAAUGGUCUGUAUUCCUAGAUUUCUGGGCACAAUUAUUGCCAGAGACAAAAUGAUUUCAUACAGUGAUUGUACAGCUCAGCUGUUUUUCUUCAUCUUCUUGGGUAUCACUGAAUUUUAUCUUCUAACUGCCAUGUCCUAUGAUCGCUAUGUAGCUAUCUGCAAACCCCUGCAUUACACAACCAUCAUGAACAACAGUCUUCAGAGAAAAAAGGCAUUUUCUACAUGUUCCUCUCACAUGAUUGUCAUUUCCAUCUCUUAUGGAAGCUGUAUAUUCAUGUAUGCUAACCCUUCAGCAAAAGAAAAGGCAUCCUUGAACAAAGGAGUUGCUAUUAUGAAUACUUCUGUUGCUCCUAUGAUGAAUCCAUUUAUAUAUUCAUUGAGGAACCAGCAAGUGAAGCCAGCUUUCAAGAAGACCAUCCAAAAGGUCAUCUUUUUCUCCAGUAAACGCAAGUGA